AUGCCAGAUUCCAAGCGUGUUAUCCCUCUCGAGUCCAAUCCAGAGAUCUUCAAUUCUCUUGCACACAAAAUCGGCCUUUCGCCAGUUCUCCAGUUCCAUGAUGUUUACUCGAUCACUGAGCCUGAGUUGCUAGCUUUCUUGCCCCAACCGGUCAUGGCUCUCGUCAUGUUGUUCCCAUUGACUAGUUCAUAUGAGGAAUACAGAAAGCUGGAGGAUGCUAAAGCCAAGAACGACUCAAACGGUGCAGUUUGGUUUAAGCAGACAAUCGGCAAUGGAUGUGGUUUAUACGCAUUGCUUCAUGUUUUAGCCAACUUGCCUCGUGACUUCAUCAUUGAAAACCUGAUGUUGAAUAAGCUUUUGCUUCUGCAGCUCUCCCUGCUGUUGCUGACCGAAGAGAUUACCAAGUUAGUCGAGACAUUGGAGCAGAAUAUUCAGCUCGACGAGAACUAUGGCUCUCAAGGACAGACUGAAGCACCGGAUGCAAAUGACUCCAUUGAGUACCACUUCAUCACAUAUGUCAAAGGUUCAGACGGCCAUUUGUAUGAGUUGGAUGGAAGAAGAACCGGCCCUGUGGAUUUAGGAGAAAGCAAUGAAAGUCAUAUUCUCGAUGACUCCAAGUUGGUGAACAAGAUCCAGUUUUAUAUGGAUAACACAGACGAAGUUCAGAGAAAUAACUUCGCCUUGAUGGCUGUUGCGCCAUCCAUGUAA